UAUAUAUAUAUUCAUGCUAGUAGAAAUUCCUACCAAUCUUGCAGUAGAAAUCUAGCCUACAUGUAUUCAUGGUACUAGAAAUUCCACCAAUUUUGCAAUUUAUAGAUGGAAAAAACAACAAAGGUUCCAGCUAGAUGGGAUGCAUUUGCAGCCAAAGUGUUCAACGAAAUAUGUGUAGAAGAAGUCCUUGCCCAUAACAGGCUACAACAUUGCUUGAAUUCUGUGGGUUAUGCUAAUUUGGUGAAGAAGUUCUUUGAUCGAACAAAAAGACCGUACACCCAAGACCAAAUGAAGAACAGAUGGGAUGUUCUAAAGAAGAAAUACAGUCAGUGGAAGACCUUGAACAUGAGAGCCACGGGAUUGGGUAGAGAUCCUGUUACUGGAUGUAUUUCAGCCUCAGAUGAGUGGUGGGCUGACCAAAAUGCGGCUAUGCCAGGAUGUAUAUCAUUCAAAAAUUUAGUUCUUGAGCAUGAGGACAUGAUGCGCAUAAUGUUUGAAGCAAUUAGUGUUACAAAUGAAACUUCAUAUGUUCCUAGAACUGGUCAUAACCUAUGUGGAUGACAUUCGUGACGAAGACCCUUCAGAAGAUGAUAGCCUAAUGGGGGAUGAUAUAGAUAUGUGUGACUUCCGUGAUGUACUUGCUUCGGUUUUGGUUGGUUGAUUUAUUAUUGUAAUUUUUAGUAUUUUGUAGCAUUUUCAAUGGAUCAAAUGAGAGUUAAUUUGACUUCUAUUGUACUUUACAUUUUUCUAGAACUAGAUUUCUAUCUCA